CUCCGUGUUAAUCUAUUGAAGCGAUUCAACAUGUCAGUAACUGUAUUGAAAUCGUUAAUUGGCUUCAUGUGCAUUUAUUUAGCUGAUAGUAUAACAUUCCGGUAUGACUACGAGUUCAGUAAGGAAGCGAGUGGCUGGAUCAAGCAUCACCAGGUGCCAGCGACCUGGCCGGAGGCUAGGCUGCGGUGUCACCUCGAAGGUGCAAUUUUACUAUCACCAAAGACAGCGAACCUCCAGGAGGUGAUGAAGAAGACUAUGAAAGAUACUCACUCAGAGCGAACCGGCGUAUUCACAGGAAUUCACGCGUUAUUUUCAAAAGGAGAUUUCCACUCUGUGGAUGGUGUUCCCUUGAAUAAAAUGCCGCUAAAAUGGAUGCCAUUUGAGCCUGACAAUCUGGGCAAUGACGAGAGAUGCAUCGCAAUGGUGGCCAACGGGACAAUAGCUGAUGUCAAUUGCUUCGAUGUCUUUCCUUACAUCUGCUUCCGUGAUAAGACCCAACAUGUCCCUUUGACCGACUGUGGGACAGUGGAUAGAGAGUACAUACUGGACAACAGAACUGGCAAGUGUUACAAAUUCCAUUGGGUAGCUAGAAAUUGGACUAGUGCGUUCAUGACCUGCGCAGCAGAAGGUGGUCACUUGGCUAUAAUUAACAGCGAAGUGGAAGCCACGGUGCUAGCUGAUCUUGCUCAGAAAUAUCCCCCUAAAAAAAUGCUUUUCACUCGAUAUAGACAUCUCGCUCUUUUGGGAUUCAACGAUUGGAGUGAUAAUAUAGUAUGGACGACUGUAGAAGGACAAACCCUACAAGAGGCUGGCUAUUACCAAUUCGAGGAGCACCAACCUGAUGAGUAUCCACUAAAAUGUGGAGGAAUGUUCAGGAAUGGAAAAUUGGACGACCUGUGGUGUGAUACUCAAGUGCCAUUAAUCUGUGAAAAGAAUUUUGACAGCCUAUUGUAAUAUAUAUCUAGAAGGCCUAAAUGUAGAUAUUUUAAGCUGUUAACUAUUUUAUAACUUAUCGUGAAUAAAUCUUACGCUAGAAUGUAC